CGAGCGGAAGCGCGAGCGCAGUCUGGUUGCGGUUGGCCCACGGCGAACGAUGGGCGGCGGGGAGGAGCGAGCCCCGGAAGACGAGGGUCUGUCCCUGGAGGAGCCGGAGCACUCCUCCCUGAGCCCAAAGAGCUAAGCAUCCUCUGCACACACUUGCCGACACUGCGACGACGAUACAAGACACCCCGAAGACCGACGAGGACAGUCCCUCCACCUCCAUUCAGAGGGGUCCCACCUGUGAAUGGACAGAGCAGGAAGCCAUGUCGUCGUCCCAGGCGGAUAGCAUGAACCAAAAAAUGGAAGGCGGUGCCGGGUCCAGCGGUGACAAAAAACCCUGCCCUGCGCACACGCCAGGCUCAGGCGACACCAAACGGGGCUUCCGCAAGAGCAGGCACAAUGACUACGUCAAGAUCUCCAUGAAGGAGCCCGAGGUCAACCGCCUGCCUCCGGAGUGGUGGAAAACGACGCUUCUCUUCUUCUAUGCCGGCCUCAGCCUGGUUCUGACCACGGUGGUCAUCACGGUGGUGCACGAGAGGGUUCCGCCCAAAGAGAGCAUCCCGCCGCUGCCCGACACGUUCUUUGAAUACAUCGACAGAGUCAAGUGGGCCUUCACUGUUACGGAGGUUAAUGGCAUCGUGCUGGUUACCAUUUGGUUCCUGCAGCUCUUCUUCUUCAACCACAAGUCCAUCGUAUGCCGACGUUACUUUUUCCUCCUGGGCACCUUGUACUUGUACCGCUGCGUCACCAUGUACAUCACCAUCCUCCCUGUACCCGGUAUGCAUUUCAGCUGCGCUCCCAAGCUGUAUGGGGACUCGUAUGCCAAGUUCCAGCGAAUUCUGAAGUUGAUUUCCGGCGCCGGCCUGUCCAUUACCAGUUCUCAUAUUAUGUGCGGAGAUUUCCUGUUCAGUGGACACACUGUGAUGCUCACCCUCACUUACCUGUUUAUCAAGGAAUACUCACCUCGCUCGUUUUGGUGGUACCACUUGAUGUGCUGGCUGCUGAGUGCCGUGGGCGUGGUGUGCAUCUUGGUGGCGCACGAGCACUACAGCGUGGAUGUGGUGGUGGGCUACUUUGUCACAACGCGACUCUUCUGGUGGUACCACAGCAUGGCCAACACACAGUGUGAGUGCUCACCCAACAACUACUUCACCAACACCUGGUGGAACCCGCUGUUCAACUUCAUGGAGCGCAACGUGAACACGCCCGUGCCGCGCGUGUACGGUUGGCCCAUCAGCUGGGCGCCCGCCUGCCUGAAAAACCCUUGCGCUCCAUAUCUGCUAGUGUUGUACCAGAGAAGUGAGGGCAGUUCCAUGACUGAGGAUAGCGCUACGCAGCCGACGGGAGAUAGGGUCAUGCUGAUAGGGCUCAAUUCUUUGAACCAUGAGGGACAAGCGCUCAGAUGCAAGUCGUCGGAAGUCGCCAGCCGAGCCCUUAGCAUGACUCGGCGCGACGACGGCUCUUCCUGUGCAUGGAGGAACAUUACCAGUCUGGUCAGGAGACUCAUGUACGGUCACUGCGACACACGCAUAUGUGACCUCCCACGUAGGGAAUUUGGGGAGUGUAGUUAGGCUGUCAUUUGUGAUUCUUUUUUUUUUAAGUCUUCGAAAGUCAUGUACCUUCCGUCUCCUUGGUACUGGUGCGUGCUCACGCAUUCAAAAAACUUGCAAUGUUGGGUUUAAGACUCGAAAUAGAUGCACUGACAAUAAAGUUGCAUCCAAUUCAAUUGUAAAAUACAAGAAUAAAAUAACCUUCCGCUAUUUGCAGGCAAUAGAAACUGAGCAAACCCAUGAAUCAGAGAAACCACGAGUAAUUUUAAAAUGGUUCUCAUUGCCUAUAUAAGUCAUUCAAAGCCGUGAUUUCCAGUGUGUUACGUUCCCCGCUCGUGGGACGUGUGCUCCAUAAAAGCAUCGAAACACAAACGGCAUUUUACAAACAAGUGUGGCACUUUAGGAAUUACCAGUGGAUUCACCAAUGGAAUCAUAUUUUAUUAAGUAUAACACAUUACAUGAUAAUCACUUUAGACCACUUUAGAGUUGUUGUUGUUGUUGUUUUUGUUUUUGUUUUUUGCAGCACACAAUUUUAAUCAUUUCUGAUAUAUCCGUAAGCCUGCUGGUGCUAUUUUUUAAAGUACUGGCCAUGGAGAGAGAAGUAUUUUUUGAGGUUGUACUUCGGGUGAAAAGUUUGCAAAUCACUGGUUUAAAGCGUGAAUAACAGUUCAAACUAAUAACUGGGUGAGACUUAACAGGGAUAGAAUGUAUUUUUUUGUUUGUUUGUUUGUACUUGUGUAUGACUUCUCGCCCCAAAGUCAUCUUGGACAAACUCCCAACUCAUCCCCAAUCCUAAUGAGGACGAGCUAUAGAAAACGGAUUGACGGCGAGAGCAACAAUGAUCAACAGAAUUGAUCCGAAGUGACAAAAGUGUUGAACCAUUUCCACUGCGGUGUCAAACAGCAAGCAAGAUUGGUCAGUGAAGAUAUCAGAGCCAUUUGACUUUGAAUUCCUUCUAGUGUCUGUCACAUGACCAGUGGACCAUCAUUUUAUUGGCCGGAUAAUGGUUGAAAUGUGAAAAUGGAUUUACUCUCUAACCUGUGCUCUGACUGUACCAUUUCAUUUAGAAU